UUUAAAUGUCAACGGCACACCUCCCGAAAGUGACGCUAUCUGGUCGUCAGGCUGGUACGUGGAUAUGUUGUGAUUGUCGCUGUGUUGGACCCCCGUUGCAAUGAUUCAUGGAGAAGAAUUAAAACAGCAGGUUUUAAAACAACCCUAACACCAGAGACUCUUCCGUCAUGUACGCGACCAAGGAAGACACCCUGUCCCCGGACGAGCUGAGGAAACGACUCUAUCAGACCUUUAAAAACAAGGGCGUGCUCGACACACUCAAAACGCAGCUGCGGACUCAACUCAUCCAGCAGUUAAGACCCCCGCCUCUGACCGGAGGAGAACCGGGUCUCCGACCGGUGUCUGUGAAAUCGGAACCCCUCCUGGUCUCGGCCUGCAACAGCAUGGUGGCCGACCACCUCCGCACCUCGGGGUACGAGUACACCCUCUCCCUGUUCUACCCUGAGAGUGGCCUGUGCAAGGAAAAGGUUUUCACAAAAGAAGACCUCCUUCAACUUCUUAGAUUAAGUCCCGAAUCAGACCUAUACAAAUUCCUGUCUUCAAAUAAAGACAACAAUGAUAAAGGGUUCCUAGUCAGUCUUCUGACACAGCUGACACACCAUCACACUCCUGGCCAGUGCCGUGAUGCCGACACGCAGACAACAAGCAUAGCAAGUCAUGGAGAGUCUCUCGUUGAGAAGAUGAAAAUGAUUGAUCAGGAAUAUGAGAACAGUAACAGUGGGGACAAAUGGUUUUCAUUCCAAUCGAAACUGGCCGCAUACAGGAAAGAAAUGGAAGCACAGCUGCAGGCAGAAAUGAACACAAAGCUGCAACAUUUUAAAGAUGUUGAGAUCACCAGGGUGAGGAUGGAGGAGCAAUCCAAGUUUCAUAAAGAAUUUGAUAAGCUGAAACAAGAUCUGGAGAGGACGUAUGAAGUGAAGAGGAAGGCACUGAUGGACCGGGAGAAAAAUGCCAUUGAUCGUUUGCAAAAUCAACAAGAGAUUGAAGAAAAAAAUUUGUACAUGCAAAGACAAUCGUUGCUGAAAGAAAUUGAAACACUGCGAAACCGAGAAAAGGAUCUGAGAAUGAGAAUGGAGGCCUUUGAAAAGACUUGUCAGAUGCACGAGGACAAGGUGAAGACCACUGAAGAGCUGCUCAGGAGGAGAGAAUUGGCCGUGAAGACCAUGGAGGACACAUACGACCAAAGGCUGAAGAAUGAACUUUCCAGGUAUCAGCUUGAAUUAAAAGAAGACUUCAUCAAGAGAACCGAAAAACUAACGGAGAAUGAGAACCGGAACAAAAUGGAAACUGCUCGUAUCCACAGGGAGUCGGCAGGUAUUGAUUCCAAAUUGGAGGAGCACAGUAGAGCACGUUCAGAGCUGAGGCGGCUGCAGGUGGAGCUAGACACAGCCCAGCAGCAGAUCCCUCUGCUGACCCAACAGAAGGAGCUGUUGAGAGAGCGACUGGAGACCAUGAGUGACUACCCCGGCUUGAAGAGAGAGAAAGCAGAGCUGCAGGGGCAGCUGCGGCUGCUGAAGAACCAGCUGGAUGAGGCCCAAGAGGAGAAUCGGCUUCUCCAUGCAGAUUUGGGCAAACCAUCCAAAGAGCAGCUGGCCUUGCAGACGGAGCUCCGGAGGUUGCAGAGCGCUCGCACACUGGACGAGGAAGAGUUCGGCAACCAGAAACAGGUGUUGCAGGCACAGCUCCAGAGUGAGGUAGAGCACUGUGCCCAGCUCAAGGUUCAGCUGAUGCAGUGUGAGGAGAAGUCCCGGUGGAUGAAAAGCCACACUGAAGAUGUCAAGAUGCAGCUUCGCCAAACACAACAAGCUCUUGAGAAUGAAGUGCUGCGUAACCCCAAGCCCUCGCUCGUUGAUCGCUCAGUGCUGGAGCUCAGUGCGGACAAGCUGGUUCCACCUGACAUCUACGUGGACACGGCUCUGCUGAGGGCCAGGGUGGGUUACAGUGAUAUCUGUGAAGCAGGCGGGCCCCUGCGAGGACAUAGGGCUCCUUGGAGUGACUCUCCAGACUCAGACGUGGAGCUGGUGGCCGAAGAAAAGGCUCAGACGCAGGAGCUGAUGAAGGAGGCUGAGACCCUGGAGGAAGCCUACAGGAACUACCAGCAGAGGGCAGUGCACUCCACUAUCUCACACAUGCUUCCCCCAAGAACCCUUUCCCCACAACAACGGCAUCGUUCUCAUCGCCCCAACUCUCCUCCAAGAACACACGUCUCACACCACUCUCACACCCAGUACCCCCGCAAAUCACACAGACCACUGUCUCCCCAAACUCUUCGAACCCCCUCCCCUUCAACCUUUGACUCCAGAAACACCUUACCACCCGCGCAGCCAAAAGUUACCUUCUUAGAAGCCCAAGACCAUCCCCAGGCCACAGUUUUCACUGAGCACAGUCUCCAUUCAUUGAAUGAACUUCUGUUUCAAAGAGAUGGACACAUUCAGGAUGAAAGCCCUGCUCCAUCCAGACAUCUAUCCUCCACACCACACUCCUCCAGGAAAAAUCUUCAAAGAGAGACUACAGAGGAAGCAGUUGUGUCUCCAGUGGUGUUCUCAGAGCUGUCGUCUGACGGACAGCUCCCUCGUGCCCCCGGCAAGGAGACCGUGACCUCAGGUGACACUUCCUCGGAGUUCAGUUCCCCUCGCAGCCCACAGCUCAAGAGCACAGCACGAGACCAGCACAGUCCACCAAAGAUGCAGCCGGUCUUCACCAGCUCGGAGUCUUCCCCACAACCUGACAAAAUAAGCCUCGAAGAUCUCACAGGGAUUUUGUCAGAGCCCGGCCACAUUCCAGAGCUUCUCCUGGACACUGCCGUCCCUCUCACUGAGGAGGCCCCUGAUGGCCCCGCUGUCCCCCGCCCACAGGACCUCCCAGAAGACCCGAUGGACUUGCAGGGCCAGCCGGUCCCGGGAUCCGCGGGUGAGUCUGUUAGGGAAGAAGAUGAAGAGGUAGAAGUGCAGAGGUGGGAAAGGGAGCGAAAAGAAAGACAAGAACGAAGGCAAAGGGAGCAAGAGGAAGCCAGAGAGAGGGAGCUCCAACAGCUUGAAAUACUGGAGAAAAACAUGCUUUUGCAAGAGGUGGAGCAACCUGGAGAAAAAGAAGAAGAGGAUGAAACAGGGAUCAAGAAAGGAGGAGAUGAAGAACAGAAGGAUGAUGUAGAGGAGGCUAAAAGUGAAAAUCCACUGGAGAAAUACAUGAAAAUGGUCCUGGAGGCAAAGGAGAAGCAGCGUGCAGAGAGCCCUGGAAGAGGAGAAGCCGGACAUACGAGCCCAGAAGCCAAGAGUUUGUCUGAGGAAAAAGAAAACAGCAUCGCAGCAUAUUCUCACAAGGAUGAAGAUGAUGAUUUCUGGUGAGCUGGACUUUCCUGACCGCCGUCAUUAACUGAAGAUUUAUACAAGCCUCUCUACUCUUGUACUGUUGAUGCAUUUGUUUUAUACUUUGUUCAAAUGUUGCUUUUUAAUAUGUAUAUUUGACACUUUUUUUUAUUACAUUGAUUGUAUAUGUAUGAAUAAAUCCUACGGUACAUUUUUUUUUA